ACAUUUAAAUGCGCACCACAUGCACUUCCUUCCCCACUCAUACUUUCUCCAUCUUCUCCCUCCUCCAAAGCCCACACCAUGAAUCCUCAUGGAGGAGAAACCUCAUUCUGCUACUUCCAUCCAAAGUCAUCUCUUGUGGGAGUCUGCGCUCUCUGCCUCAAGGAAAGACUCCUCAGCCUCGCCGCAAAGCAGGCCCACGUUCUUCUUCCUCAAAACCCUAAUAAAAUCAUGCGACAGCUGAGGAGAAAGCCUUCCAUUGCUCUUCCAAAGGUCUUCGCUUUAGGCUCAUUCUUCCACCUCUUUGAAGCUCGACCUCAGAAGCCGGAGGAAGAAGACAAAGAAGGCUCGGUGGCCAGCAGCCUUGAAGAUUCUUUCAUAUCAAUAAGGUUUGAGGCUGAUGGGCGCGGUUCAUGGGAGAGUAUGAAGAAAUCAAGAGAAGGGUGGCCAUGGCUUCCCAGCGGAAGAGGAGGGGAUGAGUUGCAGGAGUAUAUUAAUGGCAGGAGGAACAGUGUGGUGGAGAAAUCUACGCGGCAGAGAGGGCUGAGGUGGCGGAAGAGGAUUGGAGAGUUCAUCCAGCUGGCGCGCUGGAAUAGGUCCCGCAAGGCUGGAGCUUCUCAUGCGGUGAUUGUGAGGAAGGUGGAGAGAGGAAGGGGGAGAAGGGGUUGGAUAAGAAGCUUGACUAGAAGGACUGUGGUCUCUACCACAGAUUAGGGGGAGAGAAUAUUAGGAGUCGUCAUGCAUAUGAACUCGAUGUAUAAUAUUAUUGUAUAUUAUUGUACAACAUGUGUAUAACAAUGCUCAUAAAAUCGGUCUGCAUGACACGAAAUAGUUUUUGCAUUUGAGGACCCUAAUGUUGAAUUUCAUUGGUUUAUUUGAGAGGAUUUACAUACAUGUCAAUUUACA